CACAUCAUCACCCCUUGCUCCCCCUCCCUCUGUGUGCUUAGUCUCUGCAAGCUGCUUCAUCUUUUCUUCAUCUUUUCUUCCAUACAUUCCAUCUGUCAGCUCUCUCGAUGAUUUGUUUCCUCUUUCUGUUCAUUUAACUCAUAUGCCACACACAUACGUAUAUUGGGCUGAUUUUCUGUCGUGCGUGCCUUUUCUGGGAUGGAUUGCUCACAAAGAAGUUUAAUACUCCUUCUUUUUGCGUGCUCCGUCUUCCCAUCUCUGGGUGCUUCGGUGGAGGGGCGCAGGGAGGUACACUGUAAUGGCAUUUACCGUGGUUUCUCUGAGUGUCUCCUGCGCCUGGGAGACAGCAUGAGCCGUUACGUCGAGGAGGAGCUGGUGGAGGAGCAGGACAUAGACAACGUGUGUGCUCACUGGGACGAGUUCCACGCCUGUGGGAUGGCAGUGAUUUCGGAGUGCCGUGUGGAAGUCCAGGCUGUGUGGGACUCCCUGCGCCUCCAGUCCGAGAACCUGCGUUUCCACGGCAACCUCUACGAGGUGUGCCGGGCCCGGGAGCAGUCCAGCCAGCACCGACUCACCGGAUCGAGUGCAACCCGAGUCCAGACAAAGACGGGGUGCAUCGCUCUCGCAUUAGUCAUAGGGGGCACUCUCAUUGUGAGAGCCGAAUUGUAGAGGAGAAGGGGAGGCGACUCUGUCUGAAACACAUACAGACAGAGAUGGGGAGAGAGAACAACACAAACGUAGCCACUUGCACACUUUUUUACUGUG